AUGCUCUCGGCUCUCCCCAUCAUCUCUUCAGAACUCACCAACCUGAAAUCCUCUCUCUUCCAUCUGCUCGGCUCGUCCCACCCUUCUUUGGACGCUGUAGCGAAAUACUACUUCCAGGCAGAAGGGAAACACCUCCGACCGAUGUUGGUCUUGCUACUAGCUCAGGCGACGAACGGCAUGGGAGGAGCAGCUUGGGACGACCUGUUGGCAAAGGAACGAGAGGACCAACGGACAGGCAGGGGAGUCGACGAGAGCUUGACGAGCGUCGAGGGGGUCUUGAACGAUUGGAACCCGGAACAAAUGGGUAUGGAGGGAGAGGCCGACAUGAUCUUUGCCGAACCGUACAACGCUACGGCAGAUCGCUCGGGAGAGAGACGGCCGGGGAGCUCGUCGACGUCUACCAUCAAGAAGACGUUAGCGAAUGCAUUGAUGGGCAGCGGCUCCUCGCCGUCGUCUUCCUCUUUGGCGGAUGGCCUCGAUUCGACAUUGCCCAUUCUCUCAACACAACGGCGUCUAGCUUCGAUCACCGAGAUGAUUCACGUAGCUUCCCUCCUUCACGACGACGUCAUCGAUACCUCCCCUCUCCGUCGGGGUCUCCCUUCGGCACCCCAACAGUUUAGUAACAAGCUCUCCAUCCUCGCCGGUGAUUUCCUGCUAGGUCGAGCUUCCGUCGCGCUCGCCCGUCUAGGGUCCAACGAGGUCGUCGAGCUCUUGGCGACCGUCAUCGCCAACCUUGUUGAGGGCGAGGUCAUGCAGCUUCGAGCUUCUCCCAACGAGACCGACGAGAACAAGCCGAGCAAGCAGGCUUUCGAGGUGUACAUGAGAAAGACUUAUCUGAAGACGGCUAGUCUGAUGGCCAAGAGCGCGAGGGCGGCGGUGAUCCUAGGAGGCGCAGGGCAGGGGUACGGAAGGACGACAAGGGAAAUCGAAGAGGGAGAGAGGCUGAAAGAUAUCGCCUAUGGGUAUGGGAGGAAUCUCGGAAUCGCCUUCCAGCUCAUCGACGAUAUGCUCGACUUCCUGCCUCCUUCGCCGGAACUCGGCAAACCGGGACUCGGAGCAGACCUUUCUCUGGGCCUCACAACCGCACCCUCACUAUUCGCCUGGCAAUCCAAUCCCGAGCUUGGCCCUCUGAUCUCGCGCAAGUUUUCUCAACCGGGCGACGUAGAACGGGCUCGAGAGCUGGUCACCCAGAGCGAUGGCUUACGGAAAACUCGCGAGUUGGCAGAGCGGUUUGCCAGCGAGGCUAGGAGGGGGGUAGAGCAGUUGCCCGAGAGCGAGGCUAGGGAGGCGCUGAUCGCCUUGACGAAAAAGGUCGUCGAACGGGUGGCAUAA